UUCCCCAAACUUUCACCUUGUCCUCAAGGGGAAGUUCCAUUGAGGUUCCAAUUGAUUGAAGCGUGAUGGUAAAGCCAACCCCUCCAGUUUUGGAUACAAAACCAAUUUGGUAACUAGUUUAAGUCAUUGUUCAUGGAGAUUGGAAGUGAGCAGUCAAAGUCAGUCAGAGAAAUACGAGGCUCGGAUCCUUCUUCAAAGAAAGCAAAGGAUCUGAAUAUUGAAGGAUACCAAGUUGGGGGUUUGUCCAUUGGUGGCCAUGAAACAUGCAUAAUUUUUCCCACACUUAAAGUAGCCUUUGAUAUAGGUCGCUGCCCCCCUCGUGCUGUUUCCCAGGACUUUCUCUUAAUCUCCCAUGCUCACAUGGAUCACAUUGGAGGGCUCCCAAUGUAUGUUGCUACACGUGGUUUGUACCGUAUGAAGCCCCCAACAAUUAUUGUACCAAUUUCAGUAAAAGAGGAUGUAGAGAAACUUUUUGACAUUCACAGGAAAAUGGACCAAUCAGAACUUAAGCACAACCUGAUCGGUUUGGAUGUAGGAGAGGAGUUUUAUUUGAGAAAGGAUCUUAAAGUAAAAGCUUUUCGGACUUACCAUGUAAUACCCAGCCAGGGUUAUAUACUUUACUCUGUAAGACAAAAACUUAAAUCAGAGUACAACGGACUUUCUGGAAAUGAAAUUAAGAAUUUGAAGUCGUCUGGUGCAGAGAUAACAUACACUUUGACAGAACCAGAGAUUGCUUUCACAGGAGAUACCAUGUCAGAUUUCAUAGUUGAUGAAAAUAACACCGAUGUCAUGCGGGCUAGAAUUCUUGUAUUGGAGUGCACCUUUGUUAACAAUUCAAUCACUGUGGAACAUGCCAGAGACUAUGGACACACCCAUUUGUCUGAGAUAAUAAGUUAUGCUGAGAGGUUACAGAAUCGGGCGAUCCUUCUGAUUCACUUUUCAGCACGUUACACGGUGGAGGAAAUUCAACAAGCAGUAAGUGCAUUGCCUCCCAGUUUAGGUGGUCGAACUUUUGCACUUACUGAAGGUUUCUGACGAGUUGGGAGUUUGGUUGAAUGCUUAUUUGAUUGAUGGGUUGUUUUUGCCCCCUCCAAACACAUCUUGGACUACUGGCACCGGACAGAAUGUAUCAUCAUCACUGAUGACAAAGGUGGGGGAAAUAGAAUGCGAGGUGAAAUCCAAUUGAAUGGCCAUCCACUCAAAUGGAAUGCGCUUAUUGAUCAGGCUGUUUAUAAUAAUUUUUAU